CACACAGCUCCCACCCCUCCCCAUUCAUCAGGGCUGGACCGUGUUGUCUUUACAAUUCAUUUAUCUGCAGGAAUGAUUGCGACUAUCAGUCUGCAGCUCAGCGCCCGAGCGAGGAGGUGAAAGUCACGCCACGGGGAGAUCGAGCGUCCCAAAAACAAAACACAAGAGACAAUAGCGCGUGGGUUUCUUUUUUUAUUCCGGGGGGCGCGUGGGCGUAAGAUGAGCGCGAGAAGGGCGUCGUAGAAAGUAAACAAGACUCGGGCGAUUUCGGGGGAGUUGGGACGAGAUAGAGAAACUGAAGGAGAGGGGGCGGGAGGGACGAAUAUCUGUGCGUGAUUUUUUCACCCGUGUCUUCAGUCGCGUCGGCGCGCGCACAGACCGAGUGGGCGAAGAUGCUCCUGGACGCCGGACCCCAGUACCCCGCCAUAGGAGUGACCACUUUCGGCUCUACGCGGCACCACUCGACGGGCGAGGUGACGGAGCGGGAGGUGGCGCUUGGUAUCAACCCGUUCGCGGACGGCAUGGGCGCCUUCAAAAUCAACCACGGCUCCCACGAGCAGACGGCGUUCUCCACGCAGGCGCCGGCCGGCUACGCGGCGGCCGCCCUGGGCCACCACCACCAUCACCACCACCACCACCCGGGCCACGUGGGCUCUUACUCCACGGCGGCCUUCAAUUCCACGCGGGACUUUCUGUUCAGGAACCGCGGGUUCGGCGAGGCGGCGGGUGCGCAGCACAGCCUCUUCGCUUCGGCGGCGGCAGCAGCGGGCGGCUUCGCCGCGGGACCCCACGGACACUCGGAAGCGGCGGGCCACCUGCUCUUCCCGGGGCUGCACGAGCAGGCGGCGGGCCACGCGUCCUCCAACGUGGUCAACGGCCAGAUGCGCCUGGGCUUCGGUGGGGACGUGUACGGUCGCGCCGCGGCCGAGCAGUACGGCCACGUCACGAGCCCGCGCUCAGACUACGCGUCCACGCAGCUGCACGGCUACGGCCCCAUGAACAUGAACAUGGCAGCGCACCACGGCGCCGGGGCCUUCUUCCGCUACAUGCGGCAGCCCAUCAAGCAGGAGCUCAUCUGCAAGUGGAUCGAGCCCGAGCAGCUGGCAAGCCCCAAGAAGUCGUGCAACAAGACGUUCAGCACCAUGCACGAGCUGGUCACUCACCUGACCGUGGAGCACGUGGGGGGGCCGGAGCAGACCAACCACAUCUGCUUCUGGGAGGAGUGCUCCCGCGAGGGCAAGCCCUUCAAGGCCAAGUACAAGCUGGUCAAUCACAUCCGCGUGCACACGGGCGAGAAGCCCUUCCCGUGCCCCUUCCCCGGCUGCGGGAAAGUCUUCGCGCGUUCGGAAAACCUGAAAAUUCACAAAAGGACGCACACAGGUGAGAAGCCGUUCAAGUGCGAGUUCGACGGAUGCGAUCGCCGCUUUGCCAACAGCAGCGACCGCAAGAAACAUAUGCACGUCCACACCUCCGACAAGCCCUACUUGUGCAAAAUGUGCGACAAGUCCUACACGCACCCGAGUUCCCUGCGCAAACACAUGAAGGUACACGAAGCGAGCAACCCGGGCUCCCAGCCGUCUCCAGCGGCCAGCUCGGGCUACGAGUCGUCCACGCCCCCCACCAUCGUGUCCCCGUCGGCGGAGAACCCGAGCAGCGGCAGCUCCAUAUCGCCCACGGCCCCCGUGGCGGUGCAGCACCACGCCGCCACCACCACGACAGCGGGCAGCCACAGCGGCGCGCUCACGUCCAAUUUCAAUGAAUGGUACGUGUAAAAAAAUAUUUUGGGGGGAAAUUGGGUGGGUUUAAAAAUGGAAAGUUUUUUUUUUUUUUAUGGACUGCAAAGACUUUUUGGAGCGUGGACUGAAAGAGUGCAUGGACCAAAAAAGAGAAAAGAAGAAGCCAACUUUUCUUUAUUUUUAACUAAGGACUGCUCCAAAAGUUGCAAAAAGGGGGGCGUAGGGGGAAUUGUUUUUGUACAUACCACAACCAAGAUGGAAAAGAAACAUACCUGUAAUAUUUUAUUUUGUAAAUAUCUUAAGGUUGUGAAGAAAAAAAAUUGUGCUCCCUUGGUAUAUGGACAAUAGACGCCACUGAAGAAGAAUGUUCUAGUCGUGUACCAAAUGUGAAUGAUCACCAGUAUUACAAGGUCGAGCUUAUAGUAUUAAAUGUGCUCUCUUUUUUUCCGCCAUCAUGUAUAGCCAGACACCGUGCAGCAUUCUCGUCCCUAAAGGUCCCGUUGGAGUAGCACACUUUUAAUCCUUGUUGUUAUUUAAAUGUCAUGUCGACGAAAUCGUCUCGAAUAGUGAAAAAAAGCCUGAACAGUUCCGUGUCAACCUGUUUAUUAUGUAUACGUGAUAAAUAUACACUAAAAGUUACCUGUGUUGUCUGAAAGGAAGUAUUAUUAUUAUUAUGAUUAUUAUUAUACAUGUAUAACUAGCUCAAUUUUCCAUAUUUAUCCGCAUGUUUUUAGAGGUGGUCGGUAUUUAUGGAGAAAUGCGCUCGUAUGUCAAAUUUAGUUUCGAUUCACCAACAACACAAAAAAAUGUUUGGAUACAUUUUCGUACUAUAUUCAACGAUUAAAAAAAUACAAAUGCAAAAAAAAAAA